AUGGCAAGUUCAAAAUUAUUUCUUGGAAAUUUACCAGAACUAUCAGGUCAUAUUAUCCAAUAUUUAAGAAAUGACUUACAAACACUUCAUUCUUGCGUUUUAGUUAAUAGAUUUUUUUGUCGAAUUACAACUCCUAUACUUUGGGAAGAUCCUUUUUCUGUUAAAUGUCGAAAAGGAAAUCGUUAUAAUUUUCUCGAUAUUUAUCUUUCAUAUUUUAAUGAUGACGAUAAAACUAGUUUAAAAGAAUUCGGAAUUGAAAUCCAUUCAUUGGUAAAACCCUUGUUUAAUUACCCCAAUUUUAUCAAAACCUUAAAUAUAUUUCGAGUAACAUUGCACGUAAAUAAUUUGAUAAAUUCCUUUGAUAAUGCAACCCCUUCAACAAACGCUAAAUUUACUUUUGCUUCAAUGCUUGAAGAAUCUUUUACGAUUUAUUCGAAAAAUAUUCAUCGGGGCAUCUAUUCGAUUUGCAUUUUAUUACUCAAAUUAUUUAUAAAUAGUGAUGCUUCUUUAAAUAAUUUUUAUAUGAGUACUGAGGAUUCAUUAGGCAUUGCUUUAUUGGAAAAAAUGCCUGAACUUUAUGCAAUGAUCUCUGAUAAUGCAAAACUUAUAUCGAACGUUAAAAAUAUUAGCUUAAUGCCAAUGUUACAAUUAAACAUGACUUCUCAACUUUUUGUAAUAUCUUUACCGUCAUUAAUUUCUUCAAUUAGACAUCUUAGUAUUUGUGAUGAUACGAACGUAUCGUUUGUAAGAAACUUAAUUCAAUCACAAACACAAUUGUUAUCGCUUUCAUUUUGCAAAGUGAAAAGGAUUGAUUUGCUAGAUCAUUUUAAGUAUUGCUUUAAUACUUUAACUUUAAUUAAGUUUGAGCAUUGUGAUUUUAGAAAAGUUUUAUCGUUUGAUGGGCUCAGAAAUCUCACAAAUCUUAAAUCACUUCAUUUCGAUAAAUGUUUUGGGGUUACAACACAAUUUCUUCAACCAUUACUGGACAUUCCCACCCCGUUAAAAAUCAAAUCUUUAAAAGUAAUUGGUUGGUUCUCAGGACUUGAUUUAUUGCUUCAAAAAAUUGGCUCUCAUUUAAAACAUUUAGAAUUAUAUCUAAUUGAUGAUAGCGAGAGAGAUGCUUCUUUUGAAAGUAUUAUAAGUUUUUGUGAUCAAAUCAAAUUUCUAGAUUUAUCUAACUUUGAAAUACAUAAUAUCACUCAAUUAUAUCGGUUAAUUACUCAUUUUAGCAAACAUCUUAGAUACCUUACUAUUAGAAAUGAAAAGAUAACUCCUAUGGAUAAUUGCUCUCGGAAGCGUAGUAGUAUAGUUAAUUCAAUGAUUUUUAAAGGUUUGGGUCAAAUAUUACCAGUUUCUCUUGAAUAUUUUAGUUUAGAUCUUGAGAUUAAUCCAGAUGAUUUUAAAGUCUUAUUGGAUAAUUGUCAACAUGUCAAAUUGAAAAAAUUAUUAGUUAGAAACGACAAUUUUGUUUUUAUAGAUAAAACUUUUAGCAUGUUAAAAGAAUUCGUGGAGAUAAAAAGGGUGAAAUACCUCGCAUAUGAACUCUCUACACUUUUUAACCCUGAACAUCCGAAAUAUCAAAAUUCGGAAAAGUUGGCAAGUCAAAUUCAACCUUUUGUGAAGUUGAGGAAGUAUGAUGAUUUAAUUUUAACGAUUUCAGAUUUUGAUUGA